UUGGUUUUAGCAGCCCUCCAAAGCCCGCACCAACUGAACAUGUUGACCUCGCAUACAUAAUUAUAUUCAAGUUUAUCCUCGGUAGCUAAUAAACUCCUUCCACGCGAUUCUUCCGAUCGAUGCCACUUUCACUUUGUCGCGCCAGUUGUGUAAACAUCGGAGCGACAAGCGCGAGGAAAAGCAGUCACAAAACCCGACGCAUGCGCAUGGAGGCUCCGGCGGACCAAGCGAGCGGCAAGCACAUCGUUCUGGUGCACGGCGCAUGCAUCGGCGGCUGGGCCUGGUUCAAGGUGGCGACGCGGCUCAGGGACGCCGGGCACCGCGUCAGCACGCCUGACCUCGCGGCGUCGGGCGUCGACCCAAGGCCGCUGUGCGAGGUGCCGACGUUCUUCGACUACACCAAGCCGCUGCUGGACCUCCUGGAGUCCCUCCCGCCCGGGGAGAAGGUGGUGCUCGUCGGCCACAGCCUCGGCGGCGUGAACAUCGCCCUCGCCUGCGAGCUGUUCCCGGAGAAGGUCGCCGCUGCCGUGUUCCUCUCCGCCUUCAUGCCGGACCACAGGUCGCCGCCGUCCUACGUGCUUGAAAAGUUCGUGGAGGGUGGAACGCUUGACUGGAUGGACACGGAGUUUAAGCCUCAAGAUCCUGAGGGCAAGCUUCCUACUGCCAUGCAGUUCGGCCCGCUGGUCACGCGAGCAAAGUUCUUGCAGCUGUGCUCGCCGGAGGACCUCACGCUGGCAAGAUCCCUGAUGAGGGUCGGUUCGAUGUUCGUUGAGGAUCUGAGGCUGCAGCCACCAUACACCGAGGCUCGCUACGGGUCGGUGCGCAAGGUGUUCAUCGUCCUCAAGGACGACAACGCCAUCGUCGAGGGGUUCCAGCGGUGGAUGGUGCAGAACUACCCCGUGGACGAGGUCAAGGAAAUCGACGGCGCGGACCACAUGGCCUUGUUCUCGACGCCGGCCGAGCUAGCGCACUGCCUCUCCGACAUCGCUGUCAAGUAUGCUCCUUGACGAUGGUUGUUUGCUGCCGAGCUAGCGGACCGCAGGUUGUUUGCUGGCCUGUCCGUCUCCCUAUCGACAGUACUGCUGACUGCUCUAGUUAUCGGACCGGGUGGUGUUGUGUCCCUUUCAUUAUGAUUCCAAGAAAAUCGUUUGUUGUUGAUGGUUCUGAGAUGUUUCUAAGACUUGUAUCGCACUAAAUUUCAGACACGUGAUGUUCCAAA